UGUGUUAAAAUGGAUGCAGAGUUGGAGGAGUUAAAGAGUGUGUACUCAAAUCAUUUUGGAAGAACGCCAGUUUCCACACCAUUUGCAUCACAAGAGUUAGACGAGUCGUGUGAAGUUGAUUAUGAAGUCGACAACGAUGAUAUUGACACAAUUGGCAGGAUAUUGGAAGGAUGUGUGAGGGAUUAUAUUUUGCAGCAAGAAAUCGUAGAUGAAGAUACAGACAGCGAUGGCAAUGGAGAGGCUGAAUUAGAUGAAAGCGAUAUUGAAGUGGCUGAAAAUUGUGAGCUUACAGAUAUAAAGAAAGUGUGUAAAGAUGGAUGUGGGUGUCAAAAGGAAAUGUUCACAACAGCUUAAUGUAGGAAAUGUGUAUGAACACAUACUUAACUUAAGAGAAAUGGACACAAAUGAAAAAGACAUGUAUAUUAUGGCCAUCUUACAAGACGACCGCGCCACGGCAACAACUAAGAAAGGAAAAAAGAGACAACGGAUGCGUUGUACAUUUAAAUUUAAUGGGUCCAUUGUUUGCAGGAGAACAUUUCACCUCUGCUAUGACAUAGGAAGAAGUGCCUUACAAGGUCUAAUGGCGCACAUGGCAACAAAUGGGAUCGUUCUAAGGACCCAUGGAAACACUGGAAG